CUAGCCCAUAGAGGUUCCAGCAGUUCCAUUUGGCACUACUUCUAUUCACUACAGACUAGUGCCCAUGGACACCGAGGAGGACAUGAGUGACUCUGUGAUGCCCAUAGAUAAAGAAAAGGACUCGAGUGAGUCAGCGCUGUGUGGCCACAAGCUGCCGCUGUGGCUGGGGCUCCUGCUGCUCCUGGCGGCGGUAAGUCUGCUUGGGACCCUGAUCUACUUCGCUGUCAUUGCCAACAGCAAGGCCUGCGUGGAUGGCCUCCAAGCACAGAAGGAAUGUCAGGAGCUCAACCAACACGUGCAGCGCCAGCUAAACCAGGCCCAGGAACUCUUACAUGAGAAGGAAGCCGAAGCUGCUACCUGCAAACAGGCUGUGGUGACCCUGAGGGACUCUCUGAAGAAGGAGCAGGCACGAGUGGAGGAGCUUCAGGGAGAGUUGGCGGCUUUGAAGCAACAACUGCAUGAUGUUCUGACGAAAGAAAGAAGAAAGAGUGAGGCCUCAGGGGAGGACAACAGUUCAAUGUGGUUUUUCAUGUUGCUUGUGUGUACGCUCAUCAUCUGCAAGUGUCUGAAGAAAUGAGGUCCCAGAAAGCCGGCCGGCCACAACCAGGACCGGGCCGACUCCAGCUCGGAUUCCGGUUUGAGGCUUCCGGACCUGGCCAGUCCUGACAGGACCACAUGGCAACACGGUUGUAGGGAGGAUGGGGUAGCCUAAGGGGCCCAAGACAGGGCAGUCCUGAAAGGAUGCCUUGAGACUGGGAAAGUAGCAGAGCUGGCCCAGGGCCGCCUAGAGCUAGGGAUGGCACGCGAGUCGGGUUGCGGCCCCUCCAUCUUGCUGACACUGCUCUGAGAAAGUCACUUUCCUCUUGGGUCUUUGGACUCGAAAUGGAAACAUCCCUUUUGGGGAGAAAACUGGACUCUCGAGUGUUUGGAGCGUCAUUGGGUGACCUCCCAAAGCAUCUGUGGCCUGCCCUGCAGACAAAGGUGGACAUCCACUGACAUCCACAACCAGCCUUCCGUGCUCUAGAAUGGUCCUCAAGAUCUCGGGGGUUCCAGCAAGCACCAUCCCCCUGCAUCCCCAGCCCUCUUCUCUGCUGGCAGCCUCUAAAGGGCCCCGGUGAGAGCUCCCUGCCUGCAGCUUUCUUCUCUCAUCUCCUGGCUUCUCUCAUCUCAUUGCCGUUUCCUCUCCUGAUGGCACCGGCUCCACGAGGAAACCGAGGCUGAGACGAGGGGCACUCUGCCCUGGCUCCCAGUCCCUUCCGGCGGAAAGUGCAGGGCUGCGGCUCACACUUGGAGGAGCAGACUCGGGACAGAUCUGUGUCACCUUGUCCUGCCACCUCCAUCCCCCAAGCUCCUAUUCAUCCCGCAGGACCCAGCUCUGGGAGCCCCUCCCCAGAGACUUCUCUGCUUCUCAAAAUGAAGUCCUCGAAGAGUUCUCUGAUGACGUGGUGGUUAGGAUUCCAGGCUCCCGUGGCCUGGGGUCAAUCCCUGGUCUAGGAACUAAUAUCCCAUAAGCUGGGAGUCAUGACCAAUAAAAGGGAAAGAACGCUCUCCCUGUGUGUGCCUCCUGCUCCUAAAAUGGUGUUUGAUGGUGGCCUUCGUUAACUGAGCCCCUUAUAAGCAUAUGGUUUCUACGUGACUACAAAGAAUGUUCCCGAAUGCUUUAGUGGAAUGAAGCUUGUGAAAAAUAACAAAGAGCCAAAGUGGAAACUGUUUGAGUGACAAAAUAAAUAUCAUCAUGUGUAAAAGAAAUAUCCAUGAGUUCGCAGGAAUAUAAGUACAUGACUGACUAAAACAAUAAAUGAAAGAGAGGAGAAAAAUCUCCCAGGCCGAAGAAUAUCAAAUAACAUACACAAAUAUCUCACCCUCAAAAGGAUGAUGUGCGGGUCCCAUGGCUUUGGUGUGGGCUAUAAAUCGUCACCUCUUUCCAGAAGGCACAGGUGGAAGAGAGGAAGGAGGUAGCUUUCUGGUGGAGACGCCUGACGGACACCACCUCAGCCAGGGCAUCAUGAUCAACAUCACAGGGUAAGUCAGGCUGAUAGCCCAUAUCCUGGACACAUGAGUGUCAUGAGAACAGCACGUGCCCUCUCUGGUCCUUUUCGACAAAGGCCAGUCCAACCAUGAGAACAACCCCAGACCAAUCCCACCUGAGGACCACCGUACAGAACACCUGACUCUCCACUCUCAAUGUCAUCACGACCAGGAAAGCCUGAGACUCUGCCUGACACAAGGGAGCCUACAGAAGCAUCAGGACUCAGUGUCCUGUGAGGAUCCGGGGGCAGAAAAAGGACAUUAGGGGAAACUGAGGAGAUGGGAAUAAUGGGUGGAUUUCAGUUAAUCCUGUUAUUGGUCAGCACUGGUUCCUACAUUGCAACAUGUGCACCUUAGAGAUGAAUGGUGACCAAAGUGGUGGAAAUGGAAAUAGAGUCUAUGGAAUGUUUCUGGACUGUCUUUGCUGGGUUCAUGCAAACCAAAAUAAAGUGAGUCUUUAAAAAAUAA